CGUCUUGUGUUCUCGGCUCUAAUGCCAUUAUAUAGAGACUGCACUAAACGAUGCUUCGAUAAUGAUUGCAGCAUGCCUGCGACAUCACACUGUCAUGUGCUAGCAGUUGAGCAUCGACCACCAACGACGUCAGCGCGCUAAGAUCACGCAAAAUCAGUGUGGCAACAUUAACGCACUCACCGCGAGAGAGAGAGAGAGGUCAUGCGCCGGUAAUAGAUGGAAUGGAAAAGCAUUCAUUACAAGCUUAGCUUUAGAGGUCGAACCCGACGACGGAGUGACCACACGCUUUCGCACAUGCCCCCGAGGUCGCGCACGCAAAAACUGCGGUACAAUCUGUACGUGCGCGUGCACGGAGACCGAUAACUGCAGCUAACUUCCGGCCGAUAACAGAUUUUUGACGAUUGGUGUAUUUUGUGGGGAAUAUUGUGUUCCGCGCAACAUUAUUCGCGACAAGAAGAGGCGCCCAUAGCGCCCAAGAUCAUCAUCAUUAUGGACAGGUAAUUCAUAGGGCACAGGGCAGCUCGGGCACAAGAUAAUAGAGGUCACCUUAUGCUCAACAACCUUGCCCAACAAUUAGACCGAACAGAGCGAGCAAGCGAGCGAGCGAACCGGUGUAAAUAUAGAGAACAAAGACGCUUACAACCGCGAUCAGCGGUGGCGGUGGCCAGCGGACAAUUAGUAGGGGUUGACAGCUGGUGUUCCGCUAGGCAAAAUUUUGCUUCUCGCGUCGUUGCCGGUGCCUGGGUGUGGGAUGGGCGCUUUGUCCACAGCCUUGUCGUGGCGCUUGUUGCCCCCAAGGUUGCACCGCAAGUGAAUCUCCGCAAGUGUCCGCAAGUCCGGUUGGUGGUUGGGUUGUGAAGCAUUGUACGGGAUCGAGGUGUCGCCCAACAUUCCCGAAGCUUCCACCGUGUCGUCUGCCUGCAGCAAGCUGAGCUCCGUUUCGCAACAGAUCAUCAGCUCGGUCAGCUACCUCAAGGAUCUACCGUACGGUACGCUGAAGCUACAGACCGGUGCCAGCGCCCUGUAUGAGUCGGUCACACAGAACUACACGACGCUCGUGGCGAUCGUGCGCACCAUCGACACGGCAACGAAUGCCAACAGUGGCAGCUUGGACAGCAUCUUCACUAACCUGCAAACAUCGUUGGCCACCUUCGGUAAUGCAACAAUGUCGGCUCGGUUCGCCGGUUGGCUACAGCUGCUCAACACCACACCCAGCAGCGUGCCGGACCUCAGCAUCCUACCGGGAACGCUCGCCAACGUGAGCACCUUCUUCGAUAGUGUGCUCGGUCCGAAGAUGAAACAGUUUAGUGCUCCGCGCAUUUCGCAAGCCACGUUCUACAACGGUGUGCCAAAGGAUCAGAUGGUCACCUUUGCCCAAUCGUUGGUCACGUUGGCCCAGAACCAGGAGACGAUCGUGCUACCAUUCAUUAACCGUGUGGUCGGUGCACUCCGGCUCGUCAGCGAGAAGCAAACCGCGUACCUCUCCGCCGUCGACCAGGCAUUCCAGAGUGUGGAUAGCGUGCUUGCCAUAACGUACAACCGAUUCCUGGAGCAAAGCAAAACAUCGCGCCAGACAGCCGGCGAAUCGAUGCCUUCGAUCCGUGCCGCAGUCGAUCAGUUCACGGGACGUAUAGCAGAGUUUAACGAUCUGUACCUGGGUGGUUCGGCCAGUGACUACACCAAGGCAGCUUCCGAUAUGUACCAAGCAUUUCUCUUGAACAACACGGAGCAAACGCAAAUCGUGUCCGAUCGGCUCGAGCGUGUCCAGUACAACUUCAUCGAGAAUCCGUUGGUCAGCAUGAACGUUGCGCUCAACGCUAGCUUCAGCACGCUAACGCUGGUCCUCGAUAAGGUCCUGCCGAAGACGGCCAACAGUAGCAGUGCGUUGCAGUGUGCAACCAAUGCACUGAACGAUUUCGUGACCGCUUUCGGUAACCAUCUGCGCGAUGGUUACGUGGCGUGUGUCUCGAGCAACGAUUACGACUACAAUCUACCGGCGAAUGCGCAGGGCAAGGCGAUGAAGGACAUCCAGAGCGAUAUGCUGCAGUACUUUAACCAGCUGAACGCUGCACUCAGUGGCCUCUCGAAUACGAGCCCUACGAGUGCCAGGAUCCAGGCGGAUACGUUCCUUACUGCGUUCUUCAGCCAGAGCCUGGACGUGAUGACCACCAUCCUGCAGCAGCUCGUGAACGCUUCGACGAAGCUGAACGUCGACUACAACCUGCUGAUCGGUCGAUCGCGCUACUGUCUGGAGCAGAAGGUCGCCGUUUCGGAUCAGACCACUCGCAAUCUUGUCACCGCGAUCGAUGCGUGCUAACCGUGAUCGUGGCGGAAGGGGCGGUUAACGAAGCAUUCCUGCAUUUUAGUGCGUCUUCUUUGACACUUGCGCUAUCGCGGAAGGGUUCCCCGGACGUGAUGUUUACCCCACGAGUUUACUGAGGUCGCAUGAUUCAUCGCGCAUUAUGUCGCCACCCGGGACAUGCGACCACCGGCCCUUCGGAGUGGGGGAGGGGAAUGGGGUAGCACGAUAGUUAAGCAUUCUUUCUUACUGCUUCAAUAAAGCAUUUCUGACGGAGGAGGACGGAUUCCUAUAAACUUGGUUUAAGACUGUUGAGAUCACUCAGUACAAGAAUGUGCGCUGGAAUGUAUGUGCUUUGUGCUUAUCAGCUUUUGACUGUAUCGCGUUCACAGGCCGGGGACGUAAGGGCUUGUUAGAGUAAAGAUAAUAGGAUUCUGUUCGUCCGUGGGAGAGUAAAUCGCAAUAUGGGAUUUGAGUCAUUCAGAUUUAGCAUCCGCUGAUCUCAGUCUGAAGCUUAUCUAUGUCGUUUCCGUUUGAUUUGCAGCACAGUUCUUAACAGUCCUUUGUCUAAAUCUAUUUUGUAUGCUGCGAAUAUCUUGUUGCAUUUUGUUUCUUCUGGAAGAUCCUAUUCUGUCCGAGAGUAAAUCUAUAUAGACACUUCCGAAUAUCUUUCUCCAUUUUAUCCAUCCCGGACUUAAAAAAGGACUCUCUCCUAUGUUUCUUUUUCUAUUGAAGUGGAUAGUUUGCUUCGAGUGUCCCUGGACAUCUGAAAACGUGAACUGACCUUGAGUUCCUCGGAAGCAUACCAUAACCAGGCACGUGCUUGCACUGACUCCAAUAAUUGGCCGCUGGUGGCCGGUCGCUUUGGAAGUUUGAUGACACAUCCGCUCGGAAUGGGCGGAUGAUGCGAUAAGCAAAUCGCGCCACGCUUCCGCCGCCCUGCUACAGAUGAUGAUGAUGCUUGCUGCGUGCGGUGGAUGGCUGUUCCGAUCGCCGUGCGGAACUCAAGACAGCUAGCAAGCAUGCAUAAUACACGCGAUAAGUGACCAGUGUCAUUAUCAGUGGACCAAGUCUAGGCAGCCAACGAGCAGCAGCAGCGUUGCGCUUUGCGAACCUUGACCCUGUCCCUCUGCUCAUCGGCAAUUACCCAUAAUCAUGUAAUAACGGGUUUUUUUUCUCCGAUUGAGUAGGUGGGUGUAAUUUGAUGAAUUGUCUUUCAAAAGUGUGACCUUCUGCGCGCGC